ACUUGCCAUCUCCUUCGGACCUUCGCUUUCUUCACGUCAACUAGUCGACACACCCACCCACGCGCGCCUGGAGUCGCUGCUUCCGUGGGCAAACAGACAAACAUCUUCCGAGCUGGACUCUUACAUCACUCGCGAAUCCGGAACCCAACUCCCCUCCUGAUCCGCAAACAGCAAGCAUCAUCCACAAAAGCUGACAAGCACUAUUACGAUGGGCGCAAGCUGGGACACCGCGAGGACACUUAGCAUGGUCGUGUCCUCACUCAUCUUGACAUAUCAUGCUGCAACAGCAUAUCUAUGCACUUUCCUGACCAGCGAUCCGCUGUACAUGUCUUUCAGCGUGACAGCAUAUGCCUGGUAUGGCUGUGCUCUCGCCGUGCUAGGAAUCUACGGAUCCUACAAGAAAUCACCAACACACCUCACAAUCUUCUCCAACCACCUGCUCAUAGACACGGUUCUCUCGCUCGUUCCCAAAUUCGGCCUUGUCUAUCUUUUCUACGAUGUUACCGCCGAUCUCUGCUUCACCAGCAAGCUCAACACGUCAUUCUGGUUUCCUUCCACAUCCGAGGACCUGCACGGCCCCGGACGUGUCAUUCAGACUUCAUCAACCGAACAGUCUCUCGGUGCGAGCAUCAAGGCACGCCGCCAUUGCGAGACAGAUGUUCUUGUCGCUCAGAUUGCCUUUGGAGCUGUCCUCGUCUUCUGGACAAUUGCCCAGUGGGGCAUGGGGCUGAGCGUGCGCCGCUAUGCUGUCAGACUCGAACUUCAAAGCUACACUGCAGCCUCGUCAAAUCAGCAUAUCGACGAAGAAAAGGCCUUCUACGAGGAGGAUAGCCUUGCCGACGAAUACCAAGAUGCUCACUACUUUCAUCGAGGUUGCCGAAAAGCCCUCUUGAUCACGACCCUUUCCUUUUGAAUUCACUUAUUGUUUAUCCCGGACACGAUUAGAAGCAUCAUGUUUUGCUUUUCCUCCCAAGAAUGUCAGCUACCAGCACUUAUUCCUCUAUCGCACACUUCCCC